AUGUCGGAAAACUCUGGCGCUCGUACCUCGCGGACUCCCCCUGGGCUGUUCGGCGAACAAUACGAGAAUGCACUCGAGGCCCGGUACACAAUUCUGUACAGGGCGUAUGAGUCGAUGGAUGAGUCUGAGGAUCCAGUGGGGGCGCACAGUAUUCGUUCAGAGAUGGAGGAUAUAGCGGAGGCCUUUUACCGUUCCCGCCAGGCCAGGGCGGCCGAGGCGGUAAGGGUAUUUAAGGAGACGGGUCGGGCCCGCGCAGGUUACUGGCAUCUCCGCGUCGGUGGCUCUCUUUCGUCUACCACGUUAUACCUGCAGACUCUUGCUCGGACAUACGAGUUGCGCCAUUUCUAUCGCCCGGAGGAUCACGCACUUUCCCUGACCGAGCGUUCUUCCGAUCUCGUCUAUUUACACAUCACCUUCAUAUCGAUACCCCCUCUCUCCGGACUCCCGUUUCCACAUUAUCCUCAUCCGCGGUCGACACCCGUAAUCCACCAGGCCUCUCAGCAACAAGCGGCCGCUGCGGUCCAGCCGGCAGGACCCCGACCAAGCCAGCAGAGGCUUUACUGGCAACGACGUCGAGCCGUGCUCGGCUUGGACAACACGGAGACUGAGGGCCGCCUCCAGGACCGCUUGCAGUUGCGCAAUCGCGCUCAGCCGGCCCCAUCCUCCGGCGGCGAGCGCCAUAUGACGCCCGCUGACGCGUUGGAUCCCGUAGUGCCCAUCUACGAAGAGUACAGCGAACCCAUCCCCAUUUCUCCCUCCCACAAUCGCCAGGCAGGGCAUUUCACUCCGCCCUCUUCUCCCGGCGACCCGCCCCGCGUCUUCACCGUCCAACAAGCCAUGGCCGAGUGGUACGCCAGCCACCUCAUACGCGUCAUGGUCCACCCCGGUUCCUACCGGCCGGGCAGCGGCGGCUCGGACCGCAAGCUGUGGGGUGACAAAUCCAGCUAUCAGAGGAAGUGGGAGGGGACUGGUCGUACGUGCGACGAGUUUGCGGAUGUUGACCCUGAGGUGCGGCCCAUUCUCAACGAGCUCGUUCGGAUCCACUCGCGACCGAAGCCCCGGCACCCGGCGUCUGAACCUCACGAUCCCUACCACCUGAUGUGGAAGAAUCGGAACGGUACGAGUCCUUCCCUCGUCGCCUACUUUGCCGAUGUCAUCCUCCGCAUGGAUCUCGACCCGUCCACCGUAAUUGCGGCCGUAUGGUACCUGCAGGGCAUGGCGCUACACGAGGGCGAUGUUGACGAGGGCGACAAGAUGAGGGAGAAGGGGUAUGCGCUGCGGCUCGCGUUGAGGCGGACGGCGGGGGAGCACGAUGAGGCGCAAGAGAGGCGGGUGGGGUUGCUGGGAUUGACGUUGGCUGCUAGAUGGCUGGAUGAUAACAAGUAUCAUUUGAGUGGAUGGACCUCAACGGCUUAUAUCCCAUCUGUCAAAGACGACGGCUCCACUAUGACUCAGGAGGAAAAGGAACACAGAUUCUCCCGGGAACUCGGGGAACUUCAGUUUUGCGCCCUCAGCGAUCUACACUGGUCCCUCUACAUCUCCCCAUCGUCAUUCGCGGACUUCAUCCUCGCAUGCAAGCAGGAGCUCACCCUUGCCCCGCGAUCCAACGACAAUCGUUACUCUAUCGUCCGGGAUCAGCUCGACUUCAUCGAUAACUUUGAACUGGGCUUCGAGAAGGCGUAUCGAGCGCCUCGCGAGCCCCUCAGCCCGGCGUCGCCCCUUCCUCGGGCCAUGAGCGACCCGGAGUCCGAAGAAGAGCAGGUCGCGAUCCUUGGCUCGCCCUCUCGCCUCGUCCCUUCCAAGCUCUUGGAGGACGGCGCGUCGGUCUUUGGCCCUGAGAGUACGGUCAUGGACGUGGAGGCGGACGAGAGCCAGGUGGAGCAGGCGGUCGAUGCUGAGGAUGAGGGCGCCGACCAGAAGGAGAUGGAGGGCGUGGAUCUUAUCAUGGAGGACCAAGCCUCCGAGUACGGCUCUGUCCUCGGCAGCGAGUACAGCGACUACUUCUCGGAGUACGACGGCGCUCCUCGCUUCAUUCCUUCCUCCCGACGGUGCUCUUCGCCGAUGGAGAUGGACGAGGAGCAGCUCGUCGAGGUGGACAACUGGCGGAUGGGGGUGGUCAACCAGACAGCUCAGCCUCGGGGGCCGGGGUUCAUCGUUCCCACCAUCAUCGUCCCUCAGCCAGCUGGCUUCGCCGCCGCGCCCCGUCUCGCGCCCGUCAGACCUCCUCGGCCUGCCCUCGCCGUCAAUACGGCGUUCGAUCCUCGUCGUGAGCUCUUGGCUAGAGUCGCCACGGCCGAGUACUCCCCCUUGUCGCCGUACGAGACGAGGCGGGUCGCUGUGCAGCCCAACCGUCUUUACCUCCCCCUGCCCACCGCGCGGGUCCGGGAUCCCCACCGUAUCAGCUCGGCCAUCCUCCGUCGCGAGCCCAACGUACCGGACCACUUUGCGCGGCCCGCCCAGAGUCCAACCGUUCUCGCUCCGCUCAUGACGGCGCUCGAGGCGGAGCUCAAGCCGACUGCUGCUCGUCCUCGUAUGGUCCCGGCCGUCAACGUCGCCCAGCUCAGGUUCGGCGGGCCUAACGCCGAGGCAGGCCCUUCCCGGCCCCGUGUACCCCUCGCGCCGAUCUCGGCCAAUAUCAUGGACUACGAGUCGCCCCUCCAGCGCGCGAUGAAUCGGGUCUUGAAGCCUAUGAACAGGACUCCCCUGCAGUAUGUCCACUGCGCCUGA